UGGCCUCCCUCUAGUGGCUGGAGGACCACCAGCGCCCCCUUACACUGUGGACUUCGACUGGGAUAAAAGUACAGAAGCUUUUAUGAAAUGAAAAUAUUCUCCUGAAAUUCAUCACCAACAACCAGGAUAUUUAACAAAGAGCAAAGUUAAACUGCUGAAAGAGGUGAAGCACAAGCCGUCCAGAAGAAUCUCCAGAACACACAGAAAUUGUUUGAUACAUUUAACAGACAAAUGAAGCCAAGUCCCGACAUGGAGAAACAUCAGAACUCUGUCAAGAGUUUUACUAAACAGAGUAAUCUCAAAAAACACCAGCGCAUUCACACAGGAGAGAAACCACAUCACUGCUCAGACUGUGGAAAGAGUUUUACUAGACAGAGUAAUCUCAAAAUACACCAGCGCAUUCACACAGGAAAGAAACCGUAUCACUGCUCAGACUGUGGGAACAGUUUUACUACACAGAGUCAUCUCAAACUGCACCAACGCAUUCACACAGGAGAGAAACCGUAUCACUGCUCAGACUGUGGGAACAGUUUUAAUCGACAGAGUCAUCUCCAACGACACCAGCGCAUUCACACAGGAGAGAAACCAUAUUACUGUUCAGACUGUGGGAAGAGUUUUGCUACACAGAGUGAUCUUAAAAAACACCAGCGCAUUCACACAGGCGAGAAACCGUAUUACUGCUCAGACUGUGGGAAGGGUUUUAUUACACUGAGUCAUCUCAAACAGCAUCAGCGCAUUCACACAGGAGAGAAACCAUAUCACUGCUCAGACUGUGAGAAGAGUUUUAAUAUACAGAGUAAUUUAAAAAAACACCAGCGCAUUCACACAGGAGAGAAACCACAUCACUGCUCAGACUGUGGGAAGAGUUUUACUAAACAAAGUGAUCUCAAAAUACAUCAGCGCAUUCACACAGGAGAGAAACCGUAUCACUGCUCAGACUGUGGGAAGAGUUUUACUAGACAGAGUAAUCUCAAAAUACACCAGCGCAUUCACACAGGAAAGAAACCGUAUCAAUGCUCAGACUGUGGGAACAGUUUUACUACACAGAGUCAUCUCAAACUGCACCAACGCAUUCACACAGGAGAGAAACCGUAUCACUGCUCAGACUGUGGGAACAGUUUUACUGCACCGAGUCAUCUCAAACUGCAUCAGCGCAUUCACUCAGGAGAGAAACCGUAUCACUGCUCAGACUGUGGGAACAGUUUUAAUCGACAGAGUCAUCUCCAACGACACCAGCGCAUUCACACAGGAGAGAAACCGUAUUACUGUUCAGACUGUGAGAAGAGUUUUGCUACACAGAGUGAUCUUAAAAAACACCAGCGCAUUCACACAGGCGAGAAACCGUAUUACUGUUCAGACUGUGGGAAGGGUUUUAUUACACAGAGUCAUCUCAAACAGCAUCAGCGCAUUCACACAGGAGAGAAACCAUAUCACUGCUCAGACUGUGGGAAGAGUUUUAAUAUACAGAGUAAUUUAAAAAAACACCAGCGCAUUCACACAGGAGAGAAAAUUAUUUCAAAUUUGUUCGAAGGCAAUUAAAAUCAUGCAAAUCAUAAGAGAGGCCAACAAAAUCCUUUCCAGAGGUUAAAUAAAACGCUCCAGCCGUAGUUCCCAUACUGAAAUCAACCCAUUCCAGGUUUGUGUAGCACAGUAAGGUUGCAGGCUCCUUCAUUCCCUCUGCUGGUGUUCUUGUUUGUCUAUGGUUCAGUCGCUCUGAUUAAAAAUUUGUUACCUUAGAGUGAUAUAGAUAGGUAUUUGGUUGUUGUAUUACUCACGUUUUAUACUCUUUUUCUUAUUAGAUAUCGUAUGUUGCUUAAGGUUUUUUUAAUCUACAA